AAUGGUGAUUUCAGUUUUCAUAUGAUCACCCAAAAUAUAACACAGAUUAUCGACCAUUAUCAUGGAGAAAUUAACACAAUUCGUGUCUAAGUCUUUCGAAAAUAACAACACAACGGUGAGUGAGCAGUGUCUCAACCUAACUUCAAACAUCAAAACUUCACCAACUAUUAAAAUGGAAGAAGAGGUAAUUUCGCAAGAUGACGCAAAACGACCCAAAAAUUGGCUCAUCUCAGAUUUGCAAAAAAAUACUCAGUCUUUUGGCAUCGAUCUGAGACUCAACAAUACACCGAUUUUCUACAAUCAAGACAAAACUGAAACACAGAGCGAACAAACAGCCGUCGUUAAGUGGUUUGAAAACAAUUCUGGUGUUAAAACUCCCUCACCAAAAAACAGUUACUGUUCUUCAUCAUCACCCAUUGAUCUCGAGGACUCGAAAUCGUGCCCCGAAACUGUCGCGAGUGAAAAAAAUGACGACGAAAAACAGGAAGUGAAUAAAAGUGUUCACACUGACGAUAGGAAAUUAUUUAUCCUUGGUGAGGAUCAAGAAAAGGUCAGUGAGGACAACUUGAGCAAAAGCCGGCAUUCAGUUCUGGGCAGUUCUGGUAAAGCUACAACAAAACAAAGAAGAUCUCGUACAAAUUUUACUUUAGAACAACUCAAUGAGCUGGAACGAUUAUUUGACGAAACACAUUAUCCUGAUGCAUUCAUGAGGGAAGAGCUCAGUCAAAGGCUAGGCCUGAGUGAAGCUCGCGUCCAGGUAUGGUUCCAGAAUAGAAGAGCUAAAUGCAGGAAGCACGAAAGCCAAAUUCAGAAAGGAAUGAUGAUGAACAAUCACAGCCCAUCUUCGAGUACCCCGCUAGAGCCUUGUCGUGUUGUCCCCUACAUGAACGUGCCUGCUCUGCGACGUUUAACUUUAACUCCCGGAUCAGUGGCUUUAUCGAAUUAUGACCGCUUGUCCUCUACCACAUUUUCGCAACCCGGAACAGCAUUUUCAGCUUUUGAUCCUGCAUUUAUCACGGCCGCCCAUCAGUAUGCUGCUGCUGCUGUGGCCGUGGGAGGCAGUCCUGCGAGCAUCCUUUGCCACCCUCAAUAUCCUUUGGGGUUUGCUGCGUUGGCGGCAGCACACAAGAAUUCAAGUAUCGCUGAUUUACGAUUAAAAGCAAGGAAACACGCCGAAGCUUUGGGAUUAACAACAGAGAAGUCGACAUAAUUUCGGAGGGAAAACGGACACAAUCAUGUAGAUAUGAUUUAAUUUAGAUUACAAAUUGAUGUAUUCGUUUUGACCGCUUGUUUAGGAAUUCAAAAAUUCUAAAAUGUUUCGAAAAUUAAUUACGCUGGAAUUUUCUAUAAGAAACUAUAUUUGUAACUCUAAGUCUAAGAUUUAUAAAAUCUGUACAUAAAUGAUCUGUAAAUUUAUUUGUACAAGUAAACAGUGUUAAGUAUAUUAAAUAUAAAAUUACUUAUA